AUGAGUUACAGGAAAGAGUAUGACGGCGUGGAUCUCCCCACAAACCCUAAUAUGCCCGUUUGGGUCUUGACACCAAAGGAGGAACAGGUGAUUUUCGAAAGAUGGCGUGCAAAGACUUUUGCCCGCUGCGACAGCUUAAUCAAGGCGUAUGUCGAAUGUUCCAACAGUUACGAGAAUCCCAUCGACGCGAUGAAAAAAUGCGAAGAAGCCAACCAGCGGUCGCUUGGCUGCGUGGCUAAAUACCAGACCAUGGAGUAUCUUGACCAGGAGCGAGACAUUUUGAUUGCUGAGAAAAAGGUGAAGCAAAAAGCAUAUCGCGAGAAAUUGAAACAGGCCCAGGCGGCCAAGGAAGUGUAA